AUGUCCUGUGCCACUUUUAUUCAUCCUUUGUUCAGUGCCAAACUUUCACAUUCACCAUGGCAACUAGCUUCUUCAUCACUUCAUCCUUCCAAAAAGUCACGUGCACUUCUCUGUAGCCAAUUGAAUAGCAAAAAACCCUCUUCAGAAUGCAAAUCUAUUUGGGCUAAGGGUUCAAGAUUUCCACCCAGUCUUGCGGUAAAGAGAGUGACUUUGUUGGCCACUGAGAAUAGGUUCAGAUCAAAGGUUGGAGCAACAACAGGGGAAGGAGGACAGUCUCUUGAUUCAGAAGCUGCAAGUCAAGAGGAUUUUGCUUGGUCUUCUGUUGUUUUACCAUUCUUGUUCCCAGCUCUGGGGGGUUUGUUAUUUGGUUAUGACAUCGGUGCAACUUCUGGCGCGACUAUCUCUUUGCUGUCACCUGAGCUCAGUGGCACCAACUGGUUUAACCUUUCACCUGUGGAGCUAGGCUUAGUGGUCAGCGGUUCCCUAUAUGGAGCUCUUCUUGGCUCUCUCCUUGUUUAUCCGCUGGCAGAUUUUCUAGGUAGGAGGAGGGAGCUGAUCACGGCAGCCAUUUUGUAUGGACUUGGUGGUGCUUUAACUGCAUAUGCCCCUGGUUUAAUGGUUCUAUUAUUUGCACGGCUUGUGUAUGGCCUCGGAAUAGGCUUAGCAAUGCAUGGCGCUCCUCUGUACAUAGCAGAAACUUGUCCAUCACAAAUUCGUGGAACAUUAAUAUCUUUAAAGGAGCUGUUCAUAGUUUUGGGUAUACUGCUGGGUUACUUUGUUGGCAGCAAUUAUAUUAACACCAUCGGAGGGUGGCGUUUCAUGUACGGUCUAAGUGCUCCAAUUGCUUUGUUAAUGGGGUUUGGUAUGUUGUCGCUUCCACCAUCUCCUCGGUGGUUACUUCUGAGGGCAGUUCAAGGUAAAGGGCUUCUGCAAGAAUACAAGGAGAAGGCUAUAAAUGCUUUGGGAAAACUAAGAGGGCGACCUGCUGGUGAUAAAAUUUCUGAACAGCAGAUAGAGGAAACCCUUGUCUCAUUGAAAACGGCUUACACAGAUCAAGAAUCUGAAGGGAGUUUCCUGGAAGUGUUUCAGGGUCCUAGUCUGAAAGCAUUCAUCAUAGGUGGAGGUUUAGUACUGUUUCAGCAGAUAACUGGUCAGCCAAGUGUUCUGUAUUAUGCUGGUUCAAUUCUCCAGACGGCUGGAUUUGCUGCGGCUGCUGAUGCUACUCGAGUUUCAGUUGUUAUUGGUCUAUUUAAGUUGCUGCUCACUGGAAUUGCUGUUCUCAAAGUAGAUGAUCUUGGACGUAGGCCAUUACUAAUUACUGGCGUUGGUGGACUUACCUUGUCGUUGCUGCUUCUUUGGGCUUAUUACAAAUUUCUAGGGGGUUUUCCUUUAGUCGCUGUGGCGGCUCUACUUCUAUAUGUUGGUAGCUAUCAGGUGUCAUUUGGGCCUAUCAGUUGGCUUAUGGUAUCUGAGAUAUUUCCACUACGAACAAGAGGAAAAGGGAUUAGUCUUGCUGUUCUAACAAAUUUUGGUUCAAAUGCUAUAGUCACAUUUGCUUUCUCUCCUUUGAAGGAACUUCUUGGAGCUGAGAAUCUUUUUCUUCUAUUUGGAGCGAUUGCUUUGCUAUCACUUUUGUUUGUGAUUGCUUAUGUUCCGGAGACAAAAGGCUUAAGCUUGGAGGAAAUUGAAUCAAAAAUCUUGAAGUGA